AUGCCUGGGCGUCGGAUAUCACAGGGAUCGAUGGCGACAUGGUUCGCGCUCGCAAUGGCAGCGAUGGUGAUGAUGGGAGAGCCGAGCCAUGCUCUCCCUUCAAACUCCUUCCUGGGCAACCUGGCGAAUCUCUAUCACAAGAGCGUCGCCGUAAGCCCUCUUGCUACCCACUGCCUCCAGGGCGCAGGGAUCGCGGGGCUCGGCGACCUGUGCAGUCAGUUCAUUGAGAAAGAGAAACGUGUGAGCUCGGGAAGAAUUGCAAGAGCAUCGGCCACAGGCGUAUUCUACAACGGCCUCCUCCUGCCUUACUACUACGACGCCAUUCAGGGCGUCUUCCCGAGCCGCAAACCCGUGUUUGUGCUUAUCAAGGUGCUGAUUGACAGCUUCCUCUGGGGAUUCUUUGGCAACUUUUCGCUCGUCGCAGUCCGACGGUAUCUCGAAGGGUCCCCAGCAGUAGAAUCAGUUCGAUAUGCUCAAAGUGUUAUCUGGCCUGUCUUCAAGUCAGACUUCACUGUCUGGACCACCUACAACGCUCUCUGCUAUGGCGCAAUACCGCGAGAAUAUCAACCUCUUUCCACUGCUGUUGUGUCGGCGAUGUGGUCUACAUAUAUCAGCUUCAUUUCGACCUCGGGUCUGCCGAAAUGA